AGCAGUAAGUGAAGGGUUUUGAGUGAAGGAGGGUUCCAUGCAGGAGAGUAAAGCAGCUCACAAGAGAAAACCACUGACAUCUUAAUCAAGGUCUCCCAAAAGCUAAAGGAAUUGAGCCGCUUCCUUGCCAGGAAAAUAUUGCAAUUCCAAGUUGGCAGGCUAUUCAUCAUGCACAUCUCUCCGCUGUUUGUGGUUAUUCUGCUCACAGGAUUGAAACUCUCUGAGGUAGGAGGCGACUGCUCCUUCAAUAAGUCCCAAAGUCAUUGCACCUGCUCUCUUUUGAAUCGGGAAAACAUGGGAAACCUCCUUCAGUGUUUCCAUGCCUUUGUCUUUGAGCUUCGAGGAGGAAACUUGGAGAAAUAUGCAGGUUUUGCAUCAAUCACAGUAGAGCAAUCGGUGCUCAACAUACUGCAGUCGCUGCAGGUGACCAAGAUUAUCUUUGGAGAUCUUCUCGUGCCAGAGGUUCUCUUGGCAGCUGUUAUGAAGUUCAUUUACUACAUGCGUAUUACAGAGCUCGAGUUUGAAAGCUGCACUUUCCUUGGAAAUGCCAGCUGGUUCCACAUGGACAGGUUAAUUCUGCCUGUCUCCUCAUUACGCUUCCAUAACGUGACCUCCACCUCCCUGACUGACAGAGACAAAGACUUCGCCCACCUGAGUGGCUGGCUGGAGACCCUGCAGAAUCUGACUGUGACACAGUCUCAGGUCACCUACAUUCCAUGCAGCAUUGGCAAGGUUUUCAGAACCUUACGCUAUCUGGAUGUGUCGGAAAACCACCUCCAAGACCAGAGCAUGAGGCCUUCAUUUUGCCAGGGGGCUUUCCCACAACUCCAAGUAUUAAAACUCCAUCGCAACAAUCUGAGCUCCUUCCACACUGUGUGUGAAAUGCUGCACGAUCUGGAGAAGCUCGUCCACUUAGACCUGAGUCAGAAUGACCUCCUGGCUAUCCCCUUCUCUUCAUGUCAGUGGCAGCCAUCCCUCCGCAUCCUCAACUUGUCCACCACGGGCUUAGAUCACAUCUCCCUGCCUCUGCCCCCCAGUGUUGAAGUAUUAGAUGUGAGUUCCAAUAACCUUCAUGCUCUAGACCUUGCACUCCCCUUCCUGAAGAAACUCCACCUGUCCAACAACAGACUGCAUGCUGUCCCCUCAGCCAAGAACUAUCCUGCUCUAGAAGUCCUCAGUCUAGAUGGAAACCUGAUCUCUCGUCUCCCAAGGGAUCAGCUGCGGUCUCUGAGACACCUGCAGAGCCUAAGGGCAGGUCAGAAUCUCUACAACUGUUCAUGUGCGGGUGCCAGUGAGAUCCAGGCCUUGGCGAGCACAGAGUCCUUGAUGCCAGACUGGCCUCAGGACUACACGUGUGAAUCCCCGUCUCAUUACCAGGGCACCCUGGUGAAGAAUGUGCCUGCUUCAGUCUUGCAGUGCAACAAGGCCAUUGUGAUAAUUCCUGUCACUGUACUUCUUGUACUGAGCUGCUUGGCUGGGAUCAUUUUCUUUGCCAGAUGUAAAGCACGGUCUGGCUGAGCCAGUAGCUAGGAUUUGACUGCAAAGGCUCUGCCCUUCACAUGGCAGGAUGCGGGCUCUAGAACAUCACUGUCUGCAAAUGCAUAUGUUUUUGAUGACCAAGUUGCACUGCAGCACUGCUACCUGAGGGGCCAGCCUAUCCUGGGGCUGGCAUCCAGCCUAGUGGCCGUUCCUUCAGGAGGGAACCCCUGAGCACUGCCUCCACCCCCCCUGCUCUGUGGGGAUCAUAUGCUGGAUGGUUGCAGACAUCUGAGGUACCAAACAGGUUUUUGGCAUCACUUUAAAGCGCAGGUGUGAUCAGAAAAGUGACUGUGCCCCACUGAUGUUAUGGGGCUCCCCAUUCAUGCUGUCUCGCAGAUCCUGGAGCAGAGUGAGCAAGCCAGAAAGAGGAGACUGAAUUCUUUAUUCAAGCAGACUCUCUAGCUUGUAACCUCUAUAAGCUAGUUGCAUUCCUCUGUCUUCCAGCUGCCUACAGUGUUCUCAGGAGGGAUUGAAUGUACUCCCUUCUGCCCUAUUCACUUGGGUCAGCUCUACACACAGAUUGUGUCCAGAUAGAAGUUACUAGAUCACUUAGGGGCAGGGGGGAUUUUUUUUUUUUACCAAUAUAGUCAUACUGGUACAGCUUCUAGUGUGGACACAGUAGUAGUGGGUAUAAAUGUGCUUAUACUGAUUUAGCUUAUUCCCCGACCCAUACUGGAAUAAACUGGACCAGCAUAAGCACCUUAUACCAGUAGCACUGCAUCCACAGUGGUGGUUAUACGCAUUCACUAUGCUAAUAUAGUUAAAGUGGUACAACUUGUGUGGGGACAAGGCCUUAGUGUUGGCUAUAAUAAAGGACGUAGAUUCUGCUCUCAGGUACACUGACUUACUCCACAUUUUACACCUAAGUAAUGAGAGCAGAAUUUGGUCCAAUGUACUCGUUUUACAAGUCAAGCAAUUAUUUUUCCAACCCUCAGUGCAUGGGUUAUUUCAUUGACUAUUAUGCCUUCCUUUUCAUGUACUGCCCCUUUAAAUCUCCAAGGCCUCUGCUGUCUACGGAGACAGGCAGCCAUUAGUGUUUAGGUGCCUAACUCUCACGGAAAUUGAUGAAGCUACACAUCUGGUACCUUGGAGGAUCUGGGCUGACACAUACAGCUCAGGGCAGUGUGUCCUAGAGGGGGGCAGUGGUGAGCUGGAGCCGGUUCCCACCGGUUCGCUAGAAACGGUUGUUAAAUUUAGAAGCCCUUUUAGAACCAGUUGUUCCUCGAGGGACAAAUUUAACUGGCCAAAAGUGGCGCCUUAGGCGCUGACUCCAUGGGUGCUCCAGCCCUGGAGCACCCAAGGGGAAAAUUUGCAGCUCCCCCCACAACCCCCAGCCCCAGCUCACCUCCGCUCCGCCUCCGCCUCCUCCCCUGAAUGCGCCGCCCCGCUCUGCUUCUCCGCCCCCCACCCCAGGCUUCCCGCGAAUCAGCUGUUCGCACGGGACACUGGGGCAGGCUGAGAAGCAGGCCAGGGCUUCCUGCUCAGGCCCAGGGAGGAGGAGACUGAAAGUGGAUGGCUGAUCUCUGCAUAUGGAAGAAUGGAAUCCAGCUGCACUGACUGUCUGAAAGCCCCCCUGUUCCUCUGCUGCUUACAGUGCCCCUGGGAAGGAAGAGUUUGCAGCUGGAAUGGAGCUGGCAGUGUCACCGAUAAUGCACAAGGAUAGAUUUCUGCUCUCUCUCCCGAAGCUGCUGUGGCUCUUAGAGGGUAAAUAGCAGUGAGACUUGAGUGGCUGGACCUCAGAGAUGCCCAGGGAGCAGACCGUGGAGCAGGAAGAUGCCAGUUUUACAUAGUCACUUUUUACCAUAUUCCCAUUGUCCAUGAAGAUCACAUGCCAAACCCAGCAUUAAUAAUAAAUGAGUGCUGGAUUGAG